AUGUCGGGCCCUUUCCACCUGCUGAAGGAGGGAGGGGCUGAGCUGCUCCAACACAGGAAAUCAGAGCAGAGAUCCUGUGAUGGGAGCUGGCAGGCUGUCUUCCCUGUGGGCCCCAUGAGCUCCUCCCAUGGAGGGACCUACAGAUGCUAUGGUUCCUCCAGCUCCAACCCCAAUGUGUGGUCACAGCCCAGCACCCCUCUGUACCUCGAGGUCACAGGUGUGUACAGGGAGCCCUCCCUCUCAGUCCAGCCAGGCCCCCUGGUGCUGCUUGGAGGCAGCCUGACCCUCCAGUGUCACUCAGAGCCUGGCUUUGACACAUUCACUCUCACCAAGGACCAGGGGCCCACGCCGCCCCCCCAGCAUCUCCAUGGGCAGCACAGCCCCAACUUUUCCCUGGGCCCUGUGAACCUCUCCCAUGGGGGCCGGUACAGGUGCUACAGUGGACGCAACCACUCCUAUGUGUGGUCGGCCCCCAGCGCCCCCCUGGACAUCCUGAUCACAGGAAUGUCCUGGAAACCCUCCCUUUCAGCCCAGCCAGGGCCUUUAGUGCCCUGGGGAGCAAACAUGACCCUGCAGUGUGGAUCUGUCAGGGCUGACACCUUCCACCUGCACAGGGAGAGGUCCCUGGAUCCUUCCCAGCAGCUUCAUCUACAGGACACAGCUGCCCCCUCUCAGGCCAACUUCACCAUCAGCCCUGUGACCCUGGGCCACAAUGGGACCUACAGUUGCUACACCUCACACAGCUCCUCCCCCUUCCAGCUGUCACAGCCAGUGACCCCCUGGAGCUCGUGGUUUCAGGACUACACAGUGGCGAACCUCAUCCAAUUGGGUGUAUCUGGCUUGAUCCUUGUGGUCCUCGGGGUGCUGCUGUUUGAAGCUUGGCACAGUCGGAGAAGACCCCACGAUGCAGCCAGUAGCUGA